GAAAGCAAAGGGCGCGCCAGGAAAGGGACCCCCGAUAGAUGGAGAGACGCGUCGGGCGCGCAGCGUGGGGAGCCCGUGGGAAAGAUCGGGCGCGCGCGGCGUGCAGGGAGCGCGCGAGGGGGGCGGUCCCGGGGCCGGAGGCGCGCAAGGAGGAGGGAAGGAGGAGCCUCGGCGGCGCUGGGGGCUCCGGCGGCGAAGAGGAGGAGGAAGAGGACGGCGGCGGCUCCGAUCGCCUUUGGAUCUCUUUCUCGCCCUCGCUCUCCGUUCCGGCGGCUUCGCCUCUCGUGCACGGUCGCGCCUGGCGCUGCGCUGCCCCGGCCGGCGGGAUGGCCGCGCUCCUGCUGCUGCUGCCGCCGCCUGCCCCGCCGCUCCUGCUGCUCCUCCCGCUGCUCUGCUUGCUGUGCCACGGCCCCGCCGGCAGCCUCGGCAACCGGCACGCGGUGCAUUGGAACAGCUCCAACCCGCACUUGCGCCGCGAAGGCUACACGGUCCAGGUGAACGUCAACGACUACCUGGACAUCUACUGCCCGCACUACAACGCCUCUGUGCCCGAGGGGCGCAUGGAGCAGUAUAUCCUCUACAUGGUGAACCACGAGGGCUACCGGACGUGCAACAUCAGCCAGGGCUUCAAGCGCUGGGAGUGCAACCGGCCCCACGCUCCCCACAGCCCCAUCAAGUUCUCGGAGAAGUUCCAGCGCUACAGCGCCUUCUCGCUGGGCUACGAGUUCCACGCCGGACACGAGUAUUACUACAUCUCGACUCCAACGCACAACCACCGCCGGGCCUGCCUCCGAAUGAAGGUCUUUGUCUGCUGCGCCUCCCCGUCGCAUUCUGGGGAGAAAGCGGUUCCGACCCUCCCGCAGUUCACUAUAGGGCCCGAGGUGAAGAUCGAGGACUUGGAUAAUUUUAACCCCGAGAUGCCUAAACUGGAGAAAAGCAUCAGCGGGACGAGUCCGAAGCGGGAACACUUACCCUUGGCGGUGGCUGCUGCCCUCUUCCUCAUGACCCUGCUGGCCUCCUAGCCGCCCGCGAGUCGCCGCAGGAGAGGGGCCCCGACUCAAGCUCACCGACCCAGCCUGUGCCAGCGGCCCUCCCCGGUUUGUUUCUGAGGACAAGAAAAAGAGAGAAAACACCAGACCUUUUUUAAAUCUAUAUAUCAAAAGAAAUACAAUUCCAAAGGGAGGCAGCUUGAGGUGAUGCAGAGGAGGAAAGGCCCCAAGAUGGAGGACGACUGACCUUUCUGGCUGUGCUGCUCCUUCUUCCUCCUCCUGCUCCUCCCCACCAGCUGGGGGGGGGUCCUCCGCUUCCGAUUUUUCUCCCCACCCACCCCCUUCUGCCGCUCACUGGGGCUGCUCAUGUGUGUGAGGGGAAUGGUGGGUAUUUCAGAGCAGGCCCUCCCUCUCCCGCGGACUUUCGGAGGGGCGGCCGGGGUUUUGUUCUGGUGUCCCGGAGAAGAAAAAAACCAGAAUAUGGCAUUUCCCUCCUCCUGCCGGGCUCCCAGUCUCUUUUGAGGACCGCAGCAAUAGGCAACCUGCCCGCCUUUUCCAAUGCCCCCACUGCAAAAAAAGAAAAAGGCACCUGGAGAGACAGAACCACCUUCAGGAACUUUUAAAAAAUGGCUCAGGUCAGGACACGGGGAGUGUUUUGCACGGCCUGAGAAAACUUUUGCAAAGGAGAGUUAUGCGCCCUGCGUAGGGGUAUGGGCACCGUGCCCCAGGAACGCCCACCCCAGAGAUAGGUGGUGGCGGCAGCAAAAUACACUGUCUUCCUGGUGACUCUCAAGCUGGAGGGUGCGUGUAGGGUGGGGUGGGUGUGAUCUCCUAGCCCUCAACCCGAGGGGGGGUUUACCUGUACAUAUCUCUUUAUGUGUCCUGUACAGAGAGAGAGGCUCUAUUAUCCGUGUCUAUAGAUUAUAUAAAAAAACUGAUCAUGUAGUGGGGUGGGCACGGGGCGGGCACCGGCCCGCCUGUCUAAGCCAGAGUCUUUUGGGGUUUUGUUUUUUAGGUUUUUUUGGGUGGGGUGGGGGCGCGAUUCUUCCCUUUGUCUUCUGUGAAGACCGAACCUAUGCAAAAUGCACGGACACUUUUUUUUCAUUCCCGGGGGCAAAAAAACAACCAACCAACUACACGGACAAAAAAACAAGCAAAGGAACUUUGGGGGUGGCGAGGUGGGGGUAGGGUUCUCCUUUUCUUUUCUUUUUUUUGGUGCCCCCUUCCUCCCCCACCCCACAAGAGCUUUGGCUGGUGAUUUUCAUAUACUUGCUCUUAGUCUAUUAAAAAAAAUGAAAUAAAAGGUGGAGAAAAAAA